AUGACCGGACAGGUGGCGGAGAGCUCGGACCUUUCAGUGCACAGGCUCUCAGUGAAGACGUCCAUGGAAGAGGAGUCUGAGAGAGCCGACAGCACCAUGAGCUGUGUGCACUCUGUGUGUGACGACACAUGCUCUGAGCUGCAGAGGGUGGGCACCAUCGAGGCCCAGGGCCUGAACUCCGACAGAUCUUUCCGUGGAAGGGGAGCCAUGUCACGCCUGGUAGGCAUGGUGAUCACGCUGAGGGAAUGGGCCCACAAGAGCUUGCUAGAGGAGGAGGAACAGCGUCCCGACUCAUUCCUGGAGAGGUUCCGCGGGCCUGAGCUGCAGGUCGCGCCCAGUCGCAUCAGCAACAGCCAACCCGACGGCAGCAGCACCAAAAUCAACCGACCCAAAAAGAAGUCUAAUGUGUUCAUCCUGGCACCAGCAGAUGACAUGUAUUACCGGUGGCUCUUCGUAAUUGCGACGGCUGUACUAUAUAACUGGUGCUUCCUAGUGGCCAGGGCCUGCUUUGAUGAGCUACAGACGGAAGGCUUCAUCCUGUGGCUGGUGCUGGACUACCUCUCUGAUGCAGUCUACAUCCUAGACUCCUGUGUUCGGCUGCGCACUGGGUUCCUGGAGCAGGGCUUGCUAGUGAAGGACUUGCUGAAAUUACGGGACAACUACAUCCACACAACCCAGUUCAAACUGGACACGCUCUCCAUCCUACCGACGGACCUAGCUUACAUCAUCCUGGGCAUACACAAGCCACAGCUGCGAUUCAACCGACUGCUUCGAUUCUCCCGUCUGUUCGAAUUCUUUGACCGCACUGAGACACGCACCAACUACCCCAAUAUAUUCCGCAUCUGCAACCUAGUGCUCUACAUCCUGGUUAUCAUACACUGGAAUGCCUGCAUCUACUUUGCCAUCUCCAAGUCACUGGGCUUCGGCUCUGAUACCUGGGUGUACCCCAACAUCACCGACCCUGAAUUCAGUUCACUGACCCGUGGAUACAUCUACUGUCUGUACUGGUCCACACUCACCCUAACCACAAUUGGGGAGAUGCCUCCACCUGUCCGGGAUGAGGAGUACCUCUUUGUAGUCUUUGACUUCCUUGUGGGCGUGCUGAUCUUUGCUACCAUCGUGGGAAAUGUGGGUGCAAUGAUCUCGAAUAUGAAUGCCACACGGGCAGAGUUCCAGUCUCGCAUUGAUGCCAUCAAGCACUACAUGCAGUUCCGCAAGGUGAGCAAGGACCUAGAGGCGCGCGUCAUCAAGUGGUUCGACUACCUUUGGACCAACAAGAAGACAAUGGAUGAGCAGGAGGUGCUGAAGAAUCUGCCCAACAAGCUCCGGGCUGAAAUCGCCAUCAAUGUGCACCUGGAGACGCUGAAGAAGGUGCGCAUCUUCCAGGACUGCGAGGCCGGUCUGUUGGUGGAACUCGUCCUGAAGCUGCGACCACAGGUCUUCAGUCCCGGUGACUAUAUCUGCCGCAAGGGUGACAUUGGCAAAGAGAUGUACAUCAUCAAGGAGGGUCGGCUGGCAGUGGUCGCGGAUGAUGGUGUCACUCAGUUCGCUACACUGACAUCGGGAAGCUGCUUUGGUGAGAUUAGUAUCCUCAACAUUCAGGGCAGCAAGAUGGGUAACCGCAGGACCGCUAACAUCCGUAGCAUCGGCUACUCGGACCUCUUCUGCCUUUCCAAGGAUGACCUUAUGGAGGCAGUGAUGGAAUACCCAGAUGCCAAGAAGGCACUGGAGGAACGGGGCCGGGAGAUCCUGCUGAAAGAAGGUUUGCUGGAUGAGAACAUGGGGGCAGGGCUAGGCGGGGAGGAGAUGGAGGAAAAGGUAGAGCGGCUAGAGGCCUCGCUGGACACCCUCCAGACCCGGUUUGCCAGGAUGCUCGGCGAGUACACGGCCACACAGCAGAAGCUUAAGCAGCGGCUCACUCAGCUUGAGUGCCAAAUGCGCUGCACCGGCAGCGGCCUACUGUCUGACGCUGAUGGCAACGAGAGCAGCUGCGAUGCAGACGGCACAUGCAGCGAGGCGCACAGCCUGCUGUAAACAUAUCCGCUUUCAUCCCUAUAGUAUCCAAUCUUCACAACGCACGGUGCAGGGGAUACCCUGAAUGGGACACCUGUCCAAUCCGAAGCAGACACAUGCAUAACAGGCAAUAUAGAGCCACCGAUUCUCCUAAAACACAAACCUUUGGAUUUUGGAAAGAAACUGGAUCAUCUGGAGGAAACCCAGUUUGGGUUACUGCAUUUUGUACACAGAUACAGUAAUGACAGUCUUUCUCUCCUACAUCCGGCAAAACCACACACAUAAGAACAUAAGAAAUUUACAAACGAGAGGAGGCCAUUCGGCCCAUCAAGCUCGUUUGGGGAGA